AUGGUAAGAUGGCUUUUGGCUCUAGCAGAAUAUGACAUCACUUGCGUUACUCCCAAGGCUAUUAAGAGCCAAGAACUCAUAGACUUACUACCACAAUUCCCAUCUGGUGAACAUGAACCUGCAGAGGUACCUCUACCAGGUGAGGUUCACGUCUCAGCAGCUGCAAUUGAGACUUAUUGGGACUUAAAAUUUGAUGGAGCUUCUGUAGCUGGGAAAGGUGGAGCUGGCAUAACACUAACCAGUCAAGAAGGAGAAAAGUUUCAUCUAUCAUAUAAGCUUGACUUUGAAUGUUCAAACAACGAGGCCGAAUACGAGGUGUUAAUACUGGGUCUAAUUGUUGCUCAAAAGAAAGGCCUCUGCAAGUUAAAAAUUUGGGGCGACUCUAAGCUAGUUGUCAAGCAAACAAUGGGUGAUUUCACCUUGAAGGAGCCUCUGUUGGACCCAUAUCGCACUAUAGUUCAAAAGUUGCUUACUCAAUUUGAUGAUGUCCAAAUCCAGUAUACCCCUCGAACACACAAUCAUUUCCCCGAUGCCUUCGUUACAUUGGGUGCAAAGGUGGAUAUACCAGAUAAUAGUAUAGCCAUCAUCAUUGAGAAAAGAACAACACCAGUAGUGUUAGCUGAAGAACAUACAAAGCAAGAUGCUGAGGGAUGGAAAGCAGAUAUAAUCCAGCAACUGAAACCAGGCUAG